CUGGUCAAAUAAAUUAUUAUAAAACUUCUAAUCGAUUUCUUAAAAGAAAUCCAGGCAACACUAGAUAUUCCAUAAUUCAUUUGCAAUAUUCAUUUUGGUUCAUUUAACCGGCAAUCAAAUGCGAUUCACCAACAAUAAUAUCUUUAAUAGAUUUUAUAGAGCACAAGGAGGACACAGUAUGGCGCUGAAAUUAUUGUCGACCGUCAAAUGCUUUGGUGGAGAGCAGCGGAUUUAUUCGCAUGCAUCUGAAGUUCUGGGAUGCGAAAUGAAAUUUGGUGUUUACAUGCCUCCGCUUGCUGUGGACGAAAAUAUGGAAUGCCCUGUAUUAUAUUUCCUCAGCGGACUAACCUGCACUCACGAAAAUUUCAUUCAAAAGUCUGGCUUUCAACAAUAUGCAGCAAAGCACGGCAUUGUGGUUGUUAAUCCAGACACCUCACCUCGUGGCUUAAGCCUGCCCGGAGAGGAUGAUAGUUGGGAUUUUGGUAGUGGUGCCGGUUUCUAUGUUGACUCCACGGAAGCGCCAUGGUCUAAGAACUACAAAAUGUACACUUAUGUUACAAGCGAAUUAGUCGAAAUGGUGAAUGCCAGUUUGCCGGUGCUACCUAACAAACGUGGUAUAUUCGGACACAGCAUGGGUGGUCAUGGUGCUUUAAUAUGUGCUUUGAAGAAUCCGAGUGUUUACCAGUCAGUGUCUGCAUUUGCACCCAUAUCAAACCCAAUUGAAUGUCCAUGGGGUAAAAAAGCGUUCACAGGUUAUUUAGGUGCAAAUGAAGAGUCUUGGAAAGAUUGGGAUGCUACUGUGUUAGCUACCAAAUAUGCUGGUACACCUUUGGAAAUAUUAAUCGAUCAAGGCUCAGAUGACAAUUUCUUAAAAGAGAAACAGCUGUUACCCGAAAAUCUUUUGAAUGCCGCCGCCGAAAACGAUCAUUUGCAAUUGAUCUAUAAAAAACGUGAAGGUUAUGAUCAUAGCUACUUCUUCAUUUCUACAUUCAUUGCUGAACAUUUUGAUCAUCAUGCCAAGUUCUUGAACGCAUAACCUUUGGUAGCUUGUUACUAAAUAAUUACGGCCAAAUCAAGUAACGUGUCAACGUGUGUACUAUAUAACUGCGAAUUUAUUAAAAUCCAAAUUAUUUUAAAUUGUUAAAAAAUGUUAUAAAUUGUGUAAAAUGUAAUUGAUAUAAAAUGUGUAAUUUGUUGAUCUUUAAAAGUGCUUAUAAACAAAAUAUUAGUUUAAAUAAAAUACUUUUUUCAAAUA